GUUGGUUAUUAAGCAGAUGGAUUUGGAAAUGGAUAAAAACUUGGAAUUUCUUCUGGAAAACUGACUGCUUCACAGUAGAGAUAAAGUCCAUUUAUUCAGUCUGACCGCUCAUAGUUAAGACUGGAUUGUGGAUUUUGUGGGCGAUGGAUGAGGAGCAAAAAAAGAUGACCACUCACAAUGGAAGCGACAAAGAGGUUGUGAAAGCCGAAAAGCAAGAUCAGCCAAAAGCAGCAGCUCUGCAAAAAAGUGUGGGUCUGUUUAGUGGCAUCUGUCUAAUAGUGGGAACGAUGAUCGGCUCAGGGAUCUUCAUUUCUCCUAAAUCGGUUCUUGAGGGAACUGGCGCAGUGGGUCCAAGUCUGUGUGUGUGGGCUGCAUGUGGUGUGCUGGCUACUCUGGGGGCCCUCUGCUACGCUGAGCUCGGCACAAUGAUCACUAAGUCCGGUGGUGAAUAUCCGUAUCUGAUGGAGGGUUUUGGGCCAGUGCUGGCAUAUCUGUACUCCUGGACCACAGUUAUUGUGUUAAAGCCUUCGGGUUUUGCCAUCAUUGCUUUAAGUUGUGCAGAGUACGCCUCCACACCAUUUUACCCAGGAUGCACCCCUCCUCAAGUCAUCACCAAAUGCCUGGCUGCUGCGUGUAUCUUAAUAAUAACUGUGGUGAACUGUCUGAGUGUGAAGCUGGCGUUCAGAGUGCAGAACUUUUUCACAGCAGCUAAACUCUUGAUUAUUUUUGUCAUUGUGGUGUCAGGGAUUGUUCUGCUGGCUAAAGGAAAUACACAGAAUUUCAAAGAUUCAUUUACAGGAGCAUCAACAUCAUUUGGAGCAAUUGGUCUGGCGUUUUACAAUGGUCUUUGGGCUUAUGAUGGAUGGAAUCAGCUCAACUUCAUCACAGAAGAGCUAAAGAAUCCAUACAGGAAUCUUCCAUUGGCAAUCAUUAUUGGAAUUCCCUUGGUUACUGUGUGCUAUAUACUUGUCAACAUUGCAUAUUUCAGUGUCAUGACCCCUGUUGAACUUCUACAGUCUCCUGCUGUUGCUGUGACUUUUGGUGACAGAGUGCUGUAUCCAUUAUCAUGGGUUGUGCCUUUAUUUGUGGUCUUCUCCACUUUUGGUGCAGCCAACGGGAGCUGUUUUACAGCAGGCAGGUUAACGUACGCAGCAGGAAGGGAGGGUCACGUGGUUAGGAUCUUGUCAUACAUCAGUGUGAAACACCUCACACCAGCGCCAGCUCUCAUGUUCAAUGGCAUCCUGUCAAUUAUCUACAUCAUCCCAGGAGACAUAAACACCCUCAUCAACUUCUUUAGUUUUGCUAAGUGGUUAUUCUAUGGCCUCACAUGUGUAGCGCUCAUUGUUAUGAGAUUCACUAGAAAGGAGCUUCACAGACCUGUAAAGAUUCCUAUAAUCAUUCCGGUUGUGGUGGUGAUUGUGUCCUGUUAUCUAGUUCUUGCUCCCAUCAUUGAUAAGCCUGAAAUUGAGUAUCUAUACUGCACGGUGUUUAUAGUGGGCGGUCUUCUUUUAUAUGUACCCUUCAUUCACUUCAAAUUCAACUGGACCCGUCACAUCAUGAGGCCACUCACAAUGCACCUUCAGCUGCUACUGGAAGUCGUUCCACCUGAAAAGAUUAAGUAGAUCUUAUGAAUAUGAAAAAGAGGGGCAUAAGGAAUAAUAUGAUUGUAAUUUCAGUUACUGAUUUUAUGUAAGAACAAUGUGUCCACUGUACUGGACAUCUUGCAUCCCCAGUCCCAUUGCUUUAGCAUCGUUGUUUUGAAUAUAAAUAGUUUUAAGUAACUUUUUUUUUCAAUUUUUUCUUUGUAAAUCACUUUGUUAUCAUUGUGUGGCAUACAGGGUAUUUACUAUAAAAAUAGUGCAAAUUAGUUAUAUUGUUUGUAGCCUAGCAGUUACCGCCUUUAUCAUUCUUUUGUUAAACACAAGUAGCCUAUGCCAAAGCAAAAGUGUUAAUUCAACCCUUUAUUUCAUGGAGUUAAGAGCAAAUUUAGUUUGUUGUGGAAAUGUAUUUUGACAAUCUAUAGUAUUUUAAGUUCCACAAUGCACAGUUUUGUUUUUAACGGCACAAAGAUUAUUAAAAAAACGUUCAGACACAUGUAAAUAACAUGCAUAAAAAUACAUGUAAUAAGCUAAUGGUAUUUUAUUUCAUGUCUGGAGGAUAAUAAAAAUCCUAACUCAUUA